CAGAAAUCAACUUGAUUGUAUCAGGUGAAGACAGUUUGAAUUUUCCAUUUCCCACGGGAACAUUCUUGUGGUGUAUCCUGUAAAACUGUUUUGACAAUUUUGAAAAGUAGUUGAUGAGACUUGAAUUUGGUAGGUUAUCAGCAAAAUGUAUCGUAUCUGGUUUGCUGCAGAAACAAUGGUCUUCAUUUGGUUUCUGAUCUUCCUGUUCUUCAAUCCAAUCAAUGCUCGACAAUACUAUGACCCGUCGGAUUGUUCAGAAAAUACAAGCUAUCCAGGUUCAAGAUACACUUGCAAUCAUUCCUAUCAGCAUCCAUGCCAAACAUUUUUAGUCUACAGAGCCAGCCACUAUUUCAAGACUAUCUCAGAUGUCUCUCAAUUGUUUCAGCUAGAUCCUGCUGAGCUACUUCACUUAAACAAUCUUAAAUCUCAGCUGAAAGUACUCGAACCAGGUCGAGAAGUUCUUGUUCCGAUCAAAUGUUCUUGCCUUGGCCAGUUCUUCCAGGCAACUUUCAACUACACAGUUCCAGAAAACAGUACAGUUGAUCUCUCGGAUAUUGCUUGCAGAAUUUUCGAAGGUUUAGCAAAACCAGGCACCCUUGUCGAGGAAAACACAUCUGAAGGAAAUAAUGUUGAGGUUGGUACUAAGCUUCAUGUGCCCUUGAAAUGUGCGUGUCCGGAUAAUUCUAGUAACAGCAGUGGAGUCAAGUACCUUGUGACCUACCCUUUGGUAAAAGGCGAUGAACCAAGCAUACUAAGUGAAAAAUUUAGCAUCUCUCCCGUAGAUUUAUGGGUCGCUAAUAAUUUUCAACCUUGGCAAACUAUAUAUCCAAACACAACUGUCUUAAUUCCCUUGAAAACAGACCCUGUCAUUAAUUUCAGUAUCCCACGCUCUCCACCUCCAAGUCCUGGUUUUCUUCCCACAAUUUUAGUUCAGAAAACCACCAACACAAAGUUACGGAAUCUGUACAUUGCAGGAUCAGUUGUUGGCUUUAUUCUGCUACUAGCUGCAUUGAUUGUAUGUGGGUUGCAUGUGAAGGCCUUGCGCAAAUUUAAGGUUGUGAAGUUACAGUCCUUCAAUACUAGAAGUUCUCAACUUUCAUGCCCAACACCAAGUUCUCCUAGAUCAGGACAAUUAACAGGUCGAAGCUCAGCAACUUCUUGUUUAUCUCCUGAUCUUCUUGCUGGCAUUAAGUAUUCCUUGAGAAACUAUAGCAUUGAGGACCUCAAGAGAGCGACAGAUGAUUUCAGCGAAGAAAGGAAGAUUGGGGAUCAAGCCUACAAGGGGUUGAAUAUGGAUAAUGCGGAAAUGAUGAUCAAGCUGAUGAGAUUUGAACAGACCCGCCAAGUUAUCGAUAUACAUUCGAAAAUCAACCACAUAAAUAUUCUGAAUUUGCUUGGUGUUUGUUAUGGAGAGAAUGACUAUUCUUGGUCCUACCUCGUGUUCGAGCUACCUAGCAAUGGCUGCUUGAGGGACUUGUUAUCUAAUUCAUCGAAUCCUCUGCGAUGGGAUAAACGAACUCAGAUAGCUUUUGACAUUGCUACAGCUCUUCACUAUCUACAUUAUUGCAUUUUUCCAACUUAUGCUCACUUGAGUGUCAACAGUAGAAAUAUUUUUGUAACAACAGAUUGGAGAGCAAAGCUUACAAAUAUCAGAACCAACCCUGCUGUUGGAUCUUACAGAGGAAAUGAAAACAUAGAGAGUGUCAAAGGAUGUGUUGCGCCGGAAUACGUUAUCAAUGGCUCGGUUUCUGAGAAAGUAGAUAUUUUUGCGUUUGGAGUUGUUCUACUUGAGCUCAUCUCAGGAAAAGAUGACGUUGAUGGAAAAUCAUUCAAAGAAUGUAUUGCUUUUUUGGGCGGGAAAACUACUGAAGGUGGCUGUUUCGAUGGAUUGAGGAGUUUCAUGGAUCCAUGUCUGAAGGAGGAUUAUCCUCUUGCCGAGGCCUUAUGUUUAAAUGUUUUGGCAAAGGCAUGUGUUGAAGAAGACCCUUUACAUAGGCCAUCUAUGGAUGAUAUCUUGAAAGUUCUUGUCAGAAUGGUACGAUGAUAUAGUAUAUCUUUUUUGUAGUAGGAAUUAGUCCAUGAUUGAUGAAUUUUGUUGCUAGAAUUCUCCCUCGUAGGCUCAAAAUCAGUUUG